AUGCAAGGCUACAGAGGUUUCAGUGGCGGAGGGGUCAUCGGCAUCGGGCGGAGGGAUGAUGGGAAGUUCAAUUGGGUGCCAGUGGUUCCGCUGUCAGCACUGCCGAAAGGAGAGAGACGUGUAAUUAUACAAGAUGGUGAAACUAUACUGUUGCUUUGGUAUAACGAUGAUGUUUUUGCUAUUGAGAAUCGUUCCCCUGCUGAAGGUGCUUAUAGUGAAGGCCUCCUUAAUGCCAAGCUCACUCAGUCCUGUGUUGAGAGUCCUUACUCCUGCCUUGAGAAAUUUGUUUGUUUGUUUGUUUAUCCUGUUAAAACAGACAAUGAGAAUAUCUAUAUUAGCAUGAGAGGAGGCGGAAAAGUUGACGCAUCUGCAGAGAUUGUUUUCAGUGGAAAGGCUCAACCUGGUGUCACAGCAUCUGACGUCAAUGUAGACGAGGUAAGAAUGGUUAUCGACGAGGGUCAAGAGGCCUUUGGAUUCACUGGAAGGAAUGAGCUGAUAAAUGGAAAAGCAGCAGUAAUUGGUUUACUAUUGCUGUUGGAUUUUGAACUCUUGACCGGUAAAGGCCUUCUCAAAGGAACAGGGUUCUUGGACUUCAUUUACUCAGUUACAGGUGCUUUCAAAUGAAACCAUUUCACUAAUGGAAAAUUUCCCUACUAAGUAUACAUAAAUUCUUACUCCCCCUCCCUCAUUUUUCCCUUUUCCUGUUUUUCUGACAAAUUUGCUUUGGUUUCAAAUAAACUAAAACAAAGAAUGUUGAUCUUUUUAUAUGUUGUCCAAUUAUAUGGAUCUUUAGUGCAUUAUAGACCAUUGAAUUCCAGCUGAAGAAUGUACAAAUCCUCCUAUUUCGUCUAAUAUUAAUAUGUGCCUUUGCGUUGGA